AUGGCUCUUGUCGACAAAGCACAGUCCGUGGACGAAAUCGCAGAUUUGCUCGUUUUAUUUGAGACUUUGAGUGAGGAGGAACUUGAAAGUGCCCUCCCUGCACUUGUCUUCCUUGCCGAGAAAUGUCCUGUCAGCCUCAAACCGAGUUUCAUGGAUUUGGCAUACUGUAUCUUAAUAGAUGCCAACUGUUCUCGUUCUGGAAGAAAAGCCGUUUUUGCUUGCCUCCGUAUACUCACGCAUGAUGAAGAGCCGAUUUGGAGCAGCUUUUUUACAUUAUCGCAGUGUUUAGAAGAACCCCAGUUUCACAUUAUCAAUCCCGUUCUGCCGCGAAUGGACGAGAUCCUUACCUUUGUAUAUAAAGGGAGGCUCAGUUUCAAGUGGGCAUCUGUUGUUUUCUUCAGAGCCUUGGCUCAUUCCAAUGGAUGGGUGCGAUCAUGGGCACUCGAAAAACUCGUCUCUGUAGAGGCUCCUACAAUGGCUGCAAACGCUGAGCUUGUCACAUUUUUUGGAGUCGCUUACACGUUUGCUGGAAGGGAUAUUAUUAUCACUAAAUCAGUUCAAGAGAAGUGCGAAAGAUCUUUCGUUGAGGCAGUGUUGAACAUGUUAUCUAAACUCUCCAGUCCCACAUCCUUGUUUUUCCUUUCCGAAGCCGUUGGGAAAAUCCGAGUUUGCCGUUGCAUACCAAUACAUGAUCUUAUGCUGAUUAAAACUCUUAUUCAGAAGACUCAGUAUAUCCAACAUACUGCUAUCAGACUUAUGACGCUAUACAACUUCGUGGCUUUUUACUGCAAUGUACUCGAAUUAGUAGGUGUUGUUUUCUUUCAUAUAGUUGUUAUUGCUUUAAGAGGAAAUAUGCUAGGAACUUAG